AUGUUCAAUUGGUUUAAACUUAACAGCAAAAAGGACCCCAAGGAAGGGUCCUGGAACCCAAAUACCAUGACCUUGGAGAUGCAGCAGCCGACCAGCCCCGUUGCACCUUCCACCGAGCGUGUCGUUAUUGAACAAGCCAAUUCGUACAAAUGGAACUCCGUGGUGGUGGUGGUGCCUGUUGCGGAAUCUGUGCCGGUCUGCUCUGCUUUGAGUGCUGCGAGUGCUGCUGCUAAGCGAAAAGUACAUGACCUCUGCUUAGCCUCUCGACGGCUCUCGCCUAUAUAA